AAGUCUUUAAGACAAUUAGCGGAAACGGGAAUUGAGCAGAGUAACGCAACAAGUGCCGAAGAUGAGCAACUUUCCAAAACCCCAAGUGAAGCAGCUGCUUUGUUCAGGUGCUGCCGCAAAAGCACCCACUGUUGUGGAGGAACGACCGCCUGCUGAGGCUUCAAUGAGCAAUGCCCAACGGAUACGCUUACAGUUCGAAAGGGCCACUCGUACGCCUGACAAUAACAAAACGCUUGAAGAGCAUAAAGAGCGCUCUUAUGGCGCCAUGCACGACAUCCAUUCGAAGGAUGGUCUCACAUAUCUCUUUCGAUCUUUCAUGGCACUUGGUGUACUAAUGCCUGAGAAGCAUAAGUUUCUCUAUUGUAUUUAUGCGAUUCUGCCGCUAGGUCUCAUUACUUUCUACUUACCGACAGCUUUCGCGGUAUCCUAUUUUACGCUGGACUACUCAACCAUUAAGAUCGGCAACUUGCUGACUUCAGUACAGGUGGGCAUUGCCUCUGUCGUCGGUGGUGUCAAACUAUUGGUCAUGGCAUUUAAACUACCUAAAUUGCGCGCUGGCGAAGCCAUAAUGACCGAACUAGACGCGCGCUGUAAGGAUGAGGAUGAAAUCGAAGUGCUGCGCAAAGUUGUACGUCAGGGAAAUCGUGUUUUGGUGCUCAUUUUAAUUUGCAAUUUAAUUUACUCGACAAGCACCUUUUUGGGCGCCGCAUUGAAAGGGCGCCCGCCCUACAACCUGUAUAAUCCGGUGGUGGAUUGGCGCAACUCUAAGUGGGAGUUCGUAUGGGCCGCGCUCUGGGAAUUCAUUCUCAUGGAUGGACUGUGUGCCGAGGAGGCGAUUACUGAUUCGUAUGCACCGAUUUAUGUUUGUAUAAUGCGCGCACACAUGAAGACACUGCUCAUGCGCAUACAGAAGCUGGGGACGAAGCCGGAACGCACACUAGAAGAGAACUACGAAGACCUUAAAAUGUGCAUCAAAGAUCACAAAUCACUGCUGAAGCUCUUCGACAUUGUGCAUCCGAUUAUCUCCACCACUUAUUUCCUACAGUUCAUGACCACUUCGCUGAUGGUUGGUUGCACUCUGCUCAAUAUAAUGAUUUUUGCGGUCGACAACUCAGCGCGUGUCGGACAUUUCGCGUUAGUUGUUGCCCUACUCAUGGAAGUCUACCCGCUGUGCUAUUAUGGACAAAGCUUGUUGGAUGAUAGCAAUCGACUGGCCAAUACGAUCUUUCAUGGCAAUUGGAUGGAGCAGAAUGAGAAGUUUCGCAAAAUGUUAGUGGUCUUCACACAGCACACACAGAAGCCAAUGGAGCUUUUGGCCGGCAAGCUGAUCCCCAUCAACUUGACCACCUUUGUCGGAAUUGCCAAAUUUUCUUUCACACUAUACAGUUUCAUCAAUAAUAUGGGCGUAAAGGAAAGAUUUGAGGGUCUGUAAAACUGCGCAGAGUAUAAAGAAGACGCGAGUCUACUAAAGACAUGCAUCAACAUUCUUUUUGAUAUAGUCGCACCUUAUUUUGCACAUUUCGUAGUGUAGUGUGGCAAGACAAGUCGACAACAGAACACAAGGGGCUGAGCUGAUAUCCCUUCACUUUUGGUUGGUUUGAGGAAGGAAAUUUGGAAACUCAACACUGCGGGCCUUUGGGAAGACACAAGAGUAUACAAGAAAAAUAUGCUACAACGCAUCCAAAACUUGACCACCAAUUCGACACGUGCACCCAGGAGCCUUGGAAGCUGUUAGCCGA